ACUAUACCGUACGGAUUCUACACGACGCACCACUAUAUUCUCAAUUUCUUAAAAGUUAAUAAAACCCGUUGAAAAUGCAUUCAUCAAAAUGGUAGAGUCAUUGCAGAUGUUUUUAUUUCUUUUCAAAUCAAAAUACAGACGAAAAUGUUCUUGGUUCUCGCCAUUUCUGUGUUCAGUCUUGAUCGUGUUAUUGUUUUGUAAUGGUGUUCUUACUAAGUGUAGUGAUCACAAUUGUGUGAAAGGAGUGUGUAAAAAUGAUACUUGCGUGUGUAAUGAAGGGUGGCAGGGACCUGAGUGCCAGCACUGCGGCGGUAAAAUAAAAUUAACAGAACUAUCAGGCAUCAUAACAGAUGGUGCAGGUAAUUACAGUGUAAGCACACAAUGCUCAUGGCUUAUAUCACCUCCUGUUGUGCCUUCCCCCUCCCCUAUAAGGAUACGGUUGGAAUCAUUUGCAACUGAGUGUGGUUGGGACCACAUGUAUGUGUAUGACGGUGAUAGUGUAAGGGCUGAGAAAUUAUUGGCUGUGUUUAGUGGUGUACUUGAAGAAGGGGAGUCUGGUUGGACGAGGCAAGUGAUAGCGCGCUCUGGCAGUGCACUUAUACAUUUCUUCUCUGAUGAUGCGUACGCGAUGGAGGGAUUCAACGUUACGUACGCAACUUAUUCGUGCCCAUCAAAUGAUCAUAGGACGAAUUGUUCAAAUCAUGGCGAAUGCGAAGAAGGCACAUGUAGAUGCGAGUCUGACUGGAUAGGGGUAGCCUGUGAUCAUCCUGUUUGUCCAGACAAUUGUAAUGCGGAAUAUGGUUCAGGGCAAUGCACUCCACAUGGCUGCGAAUGUACACCUUCAAGAACUGGGUCAGAUUGUAGUAAAGAUAGUUCUCUGGGAUCGUGGGGUUGGGAGUGGAGGGAAGAGGGAGAAGGAGGAGACAGGCCAGGAAAUACCCCACCGGCAGUAGCAGGACAUUCACUGUUAGUGUAUGGAGAUGACUUGUUAAGGAUUGGUGGGGAGACUUUCUCGCAGGCGGAGUUUGUGUUCAGAUAUAAUACAGCGAAACGAGAAUGGACCACUAUGGAGGCUCGCGGGGAAAUACUGGCCCCAAGAUUCGCACACUCCUCCAUAAUCUAUGGCAACGAGAUUAUUGUCUAUGGAGGUGUUGUUGCGUCAGACGAGCCUGAUAGAGGUGGUGGUCUAGCAGGCGUAGAAGGCCGUGGUGGGGAAGUGACCAACGAAGUAUGGCGGGGAAUGAUAGACGCGGAAUCCGUUCAAUGGCGAAAUGUCACACCCACUGCUUGCUCGCCGCAUUACAGACCGCCGCUAGGACAUUGUGGUGGCCUCCAUUUAUCUGGUCACACGGCGGUUUUAGUACAUUUGGGCAAAACAAAGAAACCAGUGAUGUUGGUAUUCUUCGGGCAUUCCCCGCACUACGGCUACAUGCAUUUGGUACAGGAGUACUACAUAGACGAAGGUAUAUGGUCAGUUGCGGUCACGCGUGGGUGGCCAGCUCGUGCGGGCUUCGGUCACACGGCCGCGUACGACGAUUUAUCACGUAGAGUGUACGUGCACGCGGGAUUAGUAUCGGAGUCGGAGGCCACUCAGGCUCCGUCAGCGGCGUUGUACGAAUACGAAAUUGAGACGCGUAUAUGGAGGCCACUACCUUCCGCUCCCACGCCCCGAUAUUUACAUUCAGCUGUAUUUGUGGCACCAGGUGUAAUGUUAGUGUACGGUGGUAAUUCACACAACGACAGUGCAGUCGCAUCUGUGUCAAACCCUGCGACUGCAAAAUGUUUCUCUGGGGCUGCCCUUUUAUAUGAUGUUAGAUGUCAACAAUGGCUGCCUGCACCGAUGGGUCCUCUAUCGGCUAGAAUAGGCAGUGCAGCGUCAGUCUUACCCUUACAAGACCGUCGAACCGCUAUCAUAUACGCUGGGUUUGACGGCCGUCUUCGUUCAGAUGCCCUUAAAUUUACUGUUGGUGAUAAAUGUUCGUCGCGCUCAGACGAAGCCGCGUGCCUGAAUACAGCGCAGUAUGGACUUGCCUGUGUGUGGAAACAGGAUAGCUGUAUUGCGAUUGAAGAAAUUGGUUGGAAGGACUCGUUUGAUAGUUCUGUAAAAGCCUGCAUGGCGCCACCGGUUUUCGAUGACCGUCGAUGCGCAAGCGCAGAAUAUUGUGAGUCGUGCGCCGCUGCAAAUUGCGCAUGGUGCGGUGCGUGCAUGGCUUCCUCGCAUCACUGCGUCAGGCAUUCGCAUCAGAUUGCAGUGAGUGUGGAAGAAUGCGGGUCAGGCGGGUCUGGCGGUGAGAUGUGUGCGCGGUACCACUCCUGCGCAGCCUGUCACGCCCACCUCCACAGACAUCCCCACGGUUCCGAGGAGUUGAGCCAACGAGCUUGUUACUGGGAUUAUGAUUCAGUUAAAUGUCGUCCAGCUAAUACUACUACAGAUUUAAGAAGCGUGGCCGCAACUAGUGGUUGCAACGCAGCGUGCGCGACGUUGACAACGUGCGCUAAUUGCACGGCCGAGGAGUGUAUUUGGUGCGCUUCUACGGGACGGUGUGUUGAUAAGAAUGCAUAUGGUGCUUCAUUUCCCCUUGGUGGAUGCCGUGCCUGGUCGACUAACGGAUGUACUUCCAAUCACGUAACCGGAUGUGCUGCUCACGUAUCCUGUGCAUCAUGCAGAGCAGAACCAGCGUGUGGGUGGUGUGAUGAUGGGGCUGGAGGGGGAAGGGGUAUAUGUCUUCCGGGAGGGGAGAGACGUCCGCACCAUCCACAUGUUUGUCCACAUCGACGUUGGCACUUCACCCGCUGUCCCGCAUGUCAGUGCAAUGGCCAUGCGAUAUGUGACAGUCAGAAUCGGUGUAUUCAGCCGUGCGCUGCGCGAGCUGUGGGAGACCAUUGCGAUGUCUGUGCGCCUGCGCACUGGGGAUCGCCACUUAACGGGGGAGUGUGUCAACCUUGUGAAUGUAACGCGCAAGCCGUCUCUUGCGCGGCGGACACUGGUCGAUGCUAUUGCAGUACCAAGGGAUUGGCCGGAGAUCGUUGUGAUAAGUGCGAUAAUACUAACCAUUAUCACGCCGAUUUGUAUAACAAGGGGUGUUAUUACGACCUAGCUGUCGACUACCAAUUCACCUUUAACUUAUCGAAGAAAGAGGACCGUCACCUAUCCGCGAUCAACUUUCGAAAUGCGCCCGUAAAGCCUGAUGUAGACGCGGACUUCAGUAUAACGUGCUCGGCCCACGCACGUAUGAAUCUCACUGUGCGUACGCGUACGGAUCCGGCAGAGCGAACGCUCUUCAGCGAUGUUAAUUGCACCAAUUUUAGAUAUAAGCCCUUUCAAUACAGGUUCGCGAAAUCGGAACACGCAUUCGGGGUCGAGGAUAAUGUUACGUUAACAACAUUCUUCGUCUACGUAUACGACUUCCGACCUCCGCUAUGGAUACAGAUCUCGUUCUCGCAGUAUCCGAAAUUAAACCUGCAGCAGUUUUUCAUCACGUUUUCCUCGUGCUUCCUACUGCUGUUGCUAGUUGCUGCCGCUCUGUGGAAGAUUAAGCAGAAAUACGACUUAUACAGAAGAAGGCAGCGUUUAUUUGUAGAAAUGGAACAAAUGGCUUCGCGGCCUUUUAGUCAAGUUUGUGUCGAGCUUGAGAGGGGCGGGGGAGGUGCAGGUGUCCCCGCCCCAGUAGCUUUAGAGCCCUGCAAGUGGGGCAGAGCGGCAGUAUUAUCACUACUCGUAAGGCUACCUACGGGCGGCACGGGUAGGGCUCCGCCCCUGGGCGGACUCGCAGUGGCCUCAGCCCUUGUCACUUUGGGACACCACCAUCAUGACCGAGCUGAUAGACCUCGGAAUCACAACCAGUGUAAAUAACAAAUGUAAGUGUACAUAUUAGGGCUCGAACACGCUCCGGAUAAUACUCAUAUGUGUAUAAACUGUGCCAGUCCAGUGUAAAGUUUAUCUUUUCUGGUUAAGCCGUUCUGAGUUAGUUUCCGUCAUAUUGGUGCCAAUUGACACGGACUAUUGCUAUCUUGCUCAUUAUGCAUGCGGUGUAGAGGACAGCUAUCGUUUGUUUUGCUAUAGAAUGCUAAAUACGUAUUUAGUUGAGCGUAAAGCUAUAUUUAUUCUUUUACAAUAUUUAUUUAAUCAUGGUUAAGAUUUAUUGAAAUUAAAUAUUCUAAGAUUUAUCGUCUAAUAGGAGAAUCCGGACUGAAGGACCACAAUCAAUUUUGGUCCUUCGAUACGGAUUCUCUGAUGCAAUAUUUUAUUAAAUCAAAUACGAAAUAGAUAUUUAUAUGGUUGCUUAUAUUGUAAAGUCUGAUAUCCAACAAUUUAUUUAAGCAAUAAUAGCAACUAAUUAUAUAAAAUUAAAUAGAUUUAAUGAUACUUUAUCAUGAAUUCAACAGCCUAUGAAGUAUUUUUAUCUAGUAUCAUAUUGAUUAUGUACAAUAAAAAAAUAUUUUCUGAUUGGUAGGAUUUUUAUAUUUUACAGUAGUGAGUUUCAAUGUGUUUGGAUAUAAAAUGUAUAUUCGAUAAGAAUGUAUAUAUCGCAUCGACUAUUAUAUUUUUAUGACUGAAGUGUAAAUCGUGUAUAAAAGGCUUAAUGAAUGCAUUUAAUUGUAGCUCAAGUAUUAAGUUUUCUGUUUGGGAAAUGGAUCCUUUUAUUUUUCCAUUUGAAUCCCGUAAAAUCAAACACCGGUUUGAGUUAUUAAGGAUUUCGACCUUUAAAAUGGCAUUUUUAAAUUUAAAGGUGUCAGAUGAAAUCAGAGUUAGAAGCUUAAAACUGAAAGCUUCAAAAUAUGUCCAAUAAAUCGGAAUCUUUGACAAUCUAAUUUAGGGUCAAUAAAUACCACCGUGAAAUUGUUCAGCACCCUUAUCACCACUUGAUGUGCUUUUACCUUUAAGAUACCGUUCAAGUAUUACGUAAGCAGAUUUACUGCAAUUAAUUCCCCCCUUCCCCCCCUCUACUUGUCAUGAAAAGUAGGCAAAGCUCUCACAAAUGAUAGUACAUCAACGUAAAUUUUUUUUGUAGGAAUCCUCGAAAAAAAUGCAUUUCGUUUUUUAGCAUACACAAUGUGUAGGUACUAUGUAUCCCCCCCCCCACACCCCCUAUAAUGCGUACGUAAUACUUGAACGGCCCCUAAGCAAAAGUAAUAAAUAGUAUAUUAUGUUGUUUCGGAAUUAUUAGCAGUGAUAAGUGAUCCCAUGAAUAAUUGUUAAAUUGAAUCAUAAAUGCAAAACAAUCUUGUCCCAUAAAAUUUUACUAAACAUCGUUUGUUAAGUAAAAUAGACAUUUCUAAAUUCCAAAGUCCAAGGAAAAUUUUCCCCAAACAUAUAGUAUCUCAAUUCACAUUGAAAUCAUUAAAAAACAGUACUUUUUCUUCAAAAUUAUCUGCAUUACUCUUAAUGAGACUAAAUUAAAAUAAGCAUAAUACAAUUUUGCAUUUAUGUUCAAAUUAAAACAGUUAAAAUUGUUGAUGUCUGGAUUUUUAGGUUCAUACGUUUGAGUAGCCAUUCGGAUGAAGUUAUUUGUUGUAGUCAUAGAUUAUAGUUUAAGUAUUCUAUUCGUGUUGAUUAAUACAUUUAGCUUUACGUUUUAUAUUUUUCCCCACAUUAGAUACUGCCAGUGUACAUCACACUAUUUUAAGUUGAUAUAUCUUGAACACUAGUUAUUGAUAAGUUUUUAUUUGUAGUAAAUUUACUAAAAAUAACUUCGUCAGCCCUUUGAAAUAUACCUCUGAAUUAAAAAAAGGAAAUUCAAAAUGUCGACCUUUUUUAUGAUGAACGGUCCAGAACAAGUGGCUUCGGACAUAUUAUUGUUUCGAAAAUAAAAUAAAUAAUAAAAUACUAGUAAAAAGCAUGUUUAUAAUAAAACUAAUUGUGAUGGUGCAACAUAUUUUAAAAUUACUUCUAAUAUAAAAAGUAUAUAAAAACUAAUAACUAGUGCUUGAGUAUAAGGUAUUCUAAUUUGGAAUAUACGAACCUUUUAUUUUUUCAAAAGUCAAAAAUCAUUUAUACAGGUAACAAAAAGUACACUUAUGAACGUCAAAAAAUAAAUAUACAUUAAAUACUUAUAAUUUUACAUUUACUGCCAGUUUUCAAAUGAAGAACGGAAGAGAAGAACUGGAAUAAACUCUCCCCCACUCUUUUUAAUCGCCAAGUUUUGUUUGUUUUCAAAAGUAGGUAAAAAAUAAGAAGGUAAACAAAUCACCAAAAUUUCCCUUCGCCGUUCACUAAUGCCUAAGAAUAUGGAUAUUCUAGGAAAGGAUACCUUCAAAUACUUCCAUAUGUGUCAAAAAUCUAAGAACUUUUUUAUAAUAAUCACUCUUCAUAAAAAUAUAACUUUUUAAAAGCCUUAUUUACCGUUACAAAGGCAAGGACCUGUCUUUGAAAAAAUACCUGAAACUUUCUAUGAUCUCGUUUUCUUCAUCGAGUUUUCAAAUUUGAAAUUCAAUUUAUAAAUGACGUUUUAAUAAAAUAUUAUUAUUUCGAAAAAUGAAAUUAGGUUUUUAGCCCAUAUAAAAUUAUAUCUGCAGGUCUGCUUACAUAGUUGCCAAAUUAAUUUUGUGUUCAAAUAUAUAUAUUUUUAUAUAAAAUUAUUGUAUUUAGAUAUAUGAAAGUAGCUUGUUUUGAUAAUCGCUUCGAAUUUUUAUAUAAAUUGUCUUGUUAUAAAAAUUAUGUAUUUAUAUUACACACCUUAAAUAAUACACCAAUUUUGUAUAGAAACUUUAAGUUACAGUGUUUGUAGUCACUUUCUUUAGUCUUAAAACUAGAUGGCGUUGUAAACAAUGGUUUUGGUAGCAGCGAGCUAGUGGCGCCAUCUAUUGAUGGUUGUCUGUAAAUGUGUACCACACUCUUAUGUAAAAUACGUACCAUUUUCGAAAUAGACGUGUAAUUUUGUUGAAAUUAAAAUAAAAUAUAAUGUAUAGUUGUAAGCGUGUAACGUUGUAAAUAUCCUGAUAUAAAUUAUUGUAUUUCAUAAUAAAAUUUAACGAACAUU